CCCGAGGCUGAGCCGGGCUACGAGAGGAGAGCCCUGGAGCAGGAGCCCCCCGGGCUGCCCCCAGACGUGAAUGGGGGCCUGGACCGCCCGGCUCGCUCCCCGCAGCCGCCCGCCGAGGAGGAGGAGGAGGAUUUUGACGACUCCCUGGUGGCCGUGGACACCUAUAACUGUGACCUGCACUUCAAGGUGGCGCGGGACAGGUACAGCGGGUACCCCCUGACCAUCGAGGGAUUUGCCUACCUGUGGUCAGGGGCCAGGGCCACCUACGGGGCGCGGCACGGCCGGGUCUGCUUCGAGGUGAAGGUGCUGGAGGAGAUCUCGGUGACACACCUGCCGUCCUCAGAGCCCGACCCCCACGUGGUGCGGGUGGGCUGGUCCUUGGACUCGUGCAGCACCCAGCUGGGGGAGGAGCCCUUCUCCUACGGCUACGGCGGCACCGGGCGCAAAUCCACCGACGCCAAAUUCCAGAGCUACGGAGAGACCUUCGGGGAGAGCGACGUCAUCGCCUGCCUGGCGGACUUCGAGGCGGGCGCCGAGGUGGAGCUGUCCUUCCAGAAGAACGGCCGCUGGCUGGGCGUGGCGUUCCGCGUGCCGCGCGCGGCGCUGGCCGGCCGGCCGCUCUUCCCGCACGUGCUGGUCAAGAACUGCGCCGUGGAGUUCAACUUCGGCCAGCGGCCGGAGCCCUUCUGGCCGCUGCCCGCCGGCUUCACCCUCAUCCAGCACCUGCCCCUGGGACAGCGGCUCCGGGGCACCCAGGGGCCAAAGAGCAAGGCUGAGUGCGAGAUCCUGAUGAUGGUGGGGCUGCCGGCGGCGGGGAAGACGACGUGGGCGGUGAAACACGCGGCUGCCAACCCCGGCAAGAGAUACAACAUCCUGGGGACCAACGCCAUCAUGGACAAGAUGAGGGUGAUGGGGCUGCGGAGGCAGCGGAACUACGCCGGCAGGUGGGACGUGCUGAUCCAACAGGCCACGCAGUGCCUGAACCGCCUGAUCCAGAUCGCAGCCAGGAAACGCCGCAACUACAUCCUGGACCAGACCCACAUUUGUGGAUCGGUCCAGUGCAGGAAGAUUCUUCCCCAGACACUCGGUUUGAAUGGGAACGGGCUCAAAACCGCUCAGAAAUGGCUACAAAAACCCGAUUUCGCCCCGUUUUUCCCGGGGUUUGGGGCGGGCAAGGACGUGCCCGACCACGCCGUGCUCGAGAUGAAGGGUGGGCCCGGGGGGAAAAAUGGGGGAAAAAUGGGAAAUUUUAGGGGUUUGGGGCGGGGGUUUGGGGGGGGCAAGGACGUGCCCGACCACGCCGUGCUCGAGAUGAAGGGUGGGCCCGGGGGGAAAAAUGGGGGAAAAAUGGGAAAUUUUAGGGGUUUGGGGCGGGGGUUUGGGGCGGGCAAGGACGUGCCCGACCACGCCGUGCUCGAGAUGAAGGGUGGGCCCGGGGGGAAAAAUGGGGGAAAAAUGGGAAAUUUUAGGGGUUUGGGGCGGGGGUUUGGGGCGGGCAAGGACGUGCCCGACCACGCCGUGCUCGAGAUGAAGGGUGGGCCCGGGGGGAAAAAUGGGGGAAAAAUGGGAAAUUUUAGGGGUUUGGGGCGGGGGUUUGGGGCGGGCAAGGACGUGCCCGACCACGCCGUGCUCGAGAUGAAGGGUGGGCCCGGGGGGAAAAAUGGGGGAAAAAUGGGAAAUUUUAGGGGUUUGGGGCGGGGGUUUGGGGCGGGCAAGGACGUGCCCGACCACGCCGUGCUCGAGAUGAAGGGUGGGCCCGGGGGGAAAAAUGGGGGAAAAAUGGGAAAUUUUAGGGGUUUGGGGCGGGGGUUUGGGGCGGGCAAGGACGUGCCCGACCACGCCGUGCUCGAGAUGAAGGCCAACUUCACGCUGCCGGAGGCGGGCGAGUUCCUGGACUCGGUGCAGUUCGUGGAGCUGCAGCGGGACGAGGCGGCCGCGCUGGUGCGCCGCUACAACGAGGAGGGCCGGAGCGCGGCGGCGCCGGACAGACGGACGGACAGGCGGCCGGAGGCGGCCGGAGCGCGGCCCCAGCCCUUCCGGGGAGUCCUGCAGAAUCCUCCCCCUCCUCCCCAAAUCCCCCAAAAUCGGUCCCAGGUCUGA